AUGGGGAUGCCCAUCGAUAUCACUCUCCGGCCAUUCAAAAUCUCCGAUGUGGAUGAUUUUAUGGGUUGGGCUGGUGAUGAUAAUGUGACGCGCUAUUGUAGAUGGGAUACCUACACCUCUAGGGAUGAUGCUUUGGACUUCUUAGAGGAGGUCAUUAGUUCUCACCCUUGGUAUAGAGCCAUUUGCACUAAUGACCGUCCGAUUGGGUCGAUUUACGUGAUGCCUGGGGUUGGAAAGGAUCAACGGAGGGGAGAGAUUGGAUAUGCUAUAAGUGCAAAGUAUUGGGGGAAAGGUAUUGCAACAAAGGCUGUGAAGUUGGCCAUUUCAUGUGUGUUCAAAGAAAUGAAGUUUCUGGAGAGGGUGGAAGGAUUGGUCUAUGCAGAAAAUAAAGCAUCACAGAGGGUUUUGGAGAAGGCUGGAUUUAUCAAAGAGGGUCUUCUGAAAAAAUAUUUCUUUGUCAAGGGGAAGAGUAGGGAUAUUGUUGUGUACAGCAUUGUUGAUAAGUAUAGUGUUGCUUGGUAA